AUGUGUGGGAAGUUCUUUGCGAUUGCUCCAGAUGGCGUUCGAUGCAAAGACUGUAAUUUUCACUUGCAUAAAAAUUGCCCAAAAGCAGUAAGUCCAAGUUCGAAAAAAUGCUACAAGCCGUGUCUGAUAGCUCGCUCGAAGAGUAAUCGAGAUUAUGUUGGCAGCAACAGUAGCAGCAUACCUCAUAACGAUGCGACUACGGCCGGUGAUAUUGGUUCUUUAGCAUUAUCAAGUGACGUCGUCGCUUCAUCGUUCGAGGAGUUAAAUCAAAUCUUAUCCCUUCGCACGAUUAUUAUCGACUUCAAGUCAGAAACAUAUUCUCAACUCACUAGAGCAAUUGCCUCCUUCACAAGUAGGCUAGAUAAUAUGGAAUCUAGAAUAUCUAAACUGGAAGAGAGCGUGCUUCAGCUGGGGGCUAAUAAUCAGCUGUGA